AUCUGAAGCUUAGAAGAAGAAGACGUCCAUAGAGCGGCAUGUUCAUUUACCAAAUUCAAUAUUAGAGCUCUACAUUAAAAAUGCACUUUGCUUGAUAUUUUACCUCAAUACACUUGUACAUCUCAACUUGUGAUGUAAAAAUGUCAACGCUCGUCUUGGACAAUGGUGCGUAUUUCGCUAAAAUUGGAUACAGUCAUGAGAAAGUCAGUGUUAUCCCAAAUUGCCAAUUCCGUUCGAAGACCUCCAGACUGAAAACGUUCACUGCUAAUCAGCUGGAUGAAAUCAAAGACCCGUCCGGACUCUUCUACAUCCUCCCCUUUCAAAAGGGAUAUCUUGUAAACUGGGACGUGCAGCGCAAGGUCUGGGAUCAUCUGUUUGGAAAAGAGAUGUUUAAGGUGGACUUUGCGGAUACCAACAUUGUGAUAACAGAACCCUACUUCAACUUCAGCUCAAUUCAGGAAUCCAUGAAUGAGAUUUUAUUUGAAGAAUAUCAGUUCCAGUCAGCGCUCAGAAUUAAUGCUGGAUCUUUGAGUGCUCAUCGAUACUUCCAUGAGAAUAACUCAGAGCUGUGUUGCAUUGUGGUGGAUAGCGGCUUCUCCUUUACGCACAUUGUUCCUUAUUGCAGAGGAAGAAAGAUGAAAGAGGGCAUUUGCAGGGUAAAUGUAGGAGGAAAGCUGCUCACCAACCAUUUGAAGGAGAUCAUUUCAUACAGGCAGCUGCAUGUGAUGGACGAGACUUAUGUGAUCAAUCAGGUCAAGGAAGAUGUGUGUUAUGUGUCACAAGAUUUCUACAAGGACAUGGAGAUUGCACAAUUGAAAGGAGAAGAUAAUACAGUUAUGAGAGACUAUGUGCUGCCGGAUUUCAGCGCUAUCAAAAAGGGAUUUUGCAAGCCUAGAGAGGAGAUGAAUUUUACUGGCAAAUAUAAAACUGGAGAGCAGAUUUUGCGGCUCACCAAUGAGAGGUUUGCAGUCCCAGAGAUGCUCUUUCACCCCUCUGACAUUGGCAUUCUGGAGAUGGGCAUACCUGAGGCUUUGGUCAACUCCAUUAACAACAUGCCGGAAGAGAUGCAGCCCCACUUCUACAAGAACAUUGUUCUUACUGGAGGCAACUCCUUGUUCCCUGGAUUCAGAGAUCGGGUUUACAAAGAAGUCCGCGCACUCGCUCCUGUAGAAUAUCAAGUUUCUGUCGUUCUGCCACAGAAUCCAAUCUGUUACCCAUGGGAAGGAGGAAAGUUAUUGGCCGAAAACCCUGACUUUGAAGAGAUGGUGGUGACACGAGACGAUUAUGAGGAAAACGGACAUUAUGUAUGCGAGGAGAAGUUUGAUAUUUGACCUGCAUAUGAAUUGUCAGUCAUUUUGUACAGAAAAUGUAUGUUUUGUAUGAAAAAUAAGCUGUACAUUGGCAUACAGUGCAUUAUACUCAAUAUUACUCAAGUCAGUAGACAUUUUGACUUUAAAUGUCAUAAUUUAGUAGUUUU